CUUUCUUCUUCAUCAGCACACAAUUGUUCUUCUCACUUGCCUUCAUAUCAGAAGUUCAUACUUCAUUUCAAAGAACUCUAAGGUGACUGAAGUAUGGAAGACAUGGACAAAUUCUUAUUCAAAUUUAAAGGAUAUUAUUUUAAUCGAUUACCACUUGAUAUUGGCUUUAUAGAGAAUUUAGAUAAUUUUGAAAUCAGAGAAAAUGAUGUCUUCAUAGUCACAUAUCCCAAAUCUGGAACCAUCUGGUUUCAGCAAUUAUUAAGUCUGAUUUAUUCUGAGGAACAUCGCAAAGGCACUGGAAAACUGAGAACCAUGGACCGAGUCCCCUUCUUUGAGUACAAAACUCCAGAAAUGGAUUUUGAGGAAAGACCAUCGCCUCGUCUCUUCUCUACCCAUCUCCCACACUACUUGGUUCCCAGUGGGCUGAAGAACAAAAAAGCCAAAAUUAUUUAUGUAUACAGAAACCCUAAGGACGUUAUGUGCUCAUAUUUUCCCUUUGCAAAGAAUGUGACGUCACAAUUUACAGGUACCUUUGAGGAAUUCAUGAAACGAUUUCUCGAAGGAAGAGUGAUGGGAAGUCUUUGGUUUGACCACAUCAAAGGUUGGUAUGAGCACAGAAGCCUCUUCAACAUUCAGUUCAUGACCUACGAGGAGACGAAGAAGGAUCUCAGAGGUUCUGUGUCAAAAAUCUGCAAGUUUCUGGGGAAAGGAUUGAGUGAAGAGGAUAUGGAUGCGGUUGUGAGACAGGCCACAUUUGAGAACAUGAAGUAUGACCCACUGGCAAAUUAUGACAAUAUAAUGGCCACUGGAUAUGGGCCGAAUGUAAAAGGUCAUUUCCUUCGCAAAGGUACCAUCGGAGACUGGAAAAAUCACCUGACUGUUGAGCAGAAUGAAAGGUUUGACAAGAUUUUCCAAAGGGAGAUGAAAGAUUUUCCCCUGGAGUUCACCUGGGACAUGAAUGAAGACUAGAAUGUGAAGAAAAGCACAGAUCUUUAAGAA